GCAUCCUAUAGGGAUAGUUGUCCUCAUAUCCAAACGACCUCCUCCCUUCGUCUCCACGUGUUUUCUCUCCGUCUUUCUCAUUCACUCUCUCUCCCUCUCCUCUUCACCACCACCACCGGAAACCGCCACAACCUCACCGGAAAAACAAGUAUUUCCUCUCUAGGCUCGGCUAAUUCAACAAAUAAGUUCUUUGGAAGGUGUGUCCUGUUUGCUGCCAUCACGAAGUACAUCUACAAUUAUCAAGAUGGUCUAUGAAAUAAAUGAGCAAAAAAAGAUUGGGCUAGGGCUCAUUGGUUUUGGCUUCGUUUUCUCAUUUCUUGGUGUAAUUCUAUUUUUCGACAGGGGUUUGCUUGCUCUUGGGAAUAUAUUUUGCUUGACCGGGGUAGCCCUUUUGCUCGGCUGGUACUCCACAUGGAAUCUCUUCACUAACAAAGCAAACUACAAGGGUUCAGCUUCUUUUCUUUUAGGACUAUUUUUCCUGUUCGUUCGGUGGCCAAUAGUUGGUAUAAUCUUGGAAAUAUAUGGUUGUGUUGUUCUCUUUGGCGGUUUUUGGCCAUCUGUCAAGACGUUUCUCUGUCAGAUUCCAGUUAUAGGUUGGAUUAUACAGUAUCCUUUCCUGCUUCUCGAUCGCCUGAGGAGUUGAAACUAAACGUUGGUUCUGAUGUUUGCGGUUGAAGUAUUCCAAUAUUUGGUUAACUAUCUGAAGAUGAUUGUCGACAGCUUAGAGGAGGUUGUCAAUUCAAGAAUCCAUCAUCGGAUUAGUGUAAAAGGUAAAACCACUGGAUAGGAUGUGAACCACCAUAGUCGAGAGCAGCUUGUUACCAUUUUUCUUUUUGUUGUUCUACAAUUAACAAUACCUGUUAGAGAGGAUGCGCUGUAGGUCAAGUGAUUCAGUCGUUUCUUUUGCAAUUUAGUGUAAAAUAAUGAUAAAACUUUUUUAUCUUUGAUAAAAAUUAUAAUAACACCUGCAUGUAGUUUAUUGGAGUAAA